UUUUCCCCUCGCCCCGCCCCGGCCCGUCGCCAUGUUGUUCCCUCCGCGCUGGACGGGAGCAGCUGGACCUGGAACCUGGCUGCGCUACCGCCGCUGCCUCCUGCUGUGCAGGUCCCCGACCCUCUCUCUGCCCUCAUUGCACCCAGACGGGCCGGCCCAGAGCUCCCGGUUCGUCUUCCGUGUGGCCGCGAGACACUCUUGCACUCCUGUAAUGAGCCUGGCACUGUGAUGAAACACUUUUCCUCUGUUGUUUGAGUGCAUCUUCUCAACAACCCUAGGAGGGUUCUUGAAGCUCUUGAGAUUAACAAUGGCAGGAAAAUCAUCACUUUUUAAAGUAAUUCUCCUUGGAGAUGGUGGAGUUGGGAAGAGUUCACUUAUGAACAGAUAUGUAACUAAUAAGUUUGAUACCCAGCUCUUCCAUACAAUAGGUGUGGAAUUUUUAAAUAAAGAUUUGGAAGUGGAUGGACAUUUUGUUACCAUGCAGAUUUGGGACACGGCAGGUCAGGAGCGAUUCCGAAGCCUGAGGACGCCAUUUUACAGAGGUUCUGACUGCUGCCUGCUUACUUUUAGUGUUGAUGAUUCACAAAGCUUCCAGAACUUAAGUAACUGGAAGAAAGAAUUCAUAUAUUAUGCAGAUGUGAAAGAGCCUGAGAGCUUUCCUUUUGUGAUUCUGGGUAACAAGAUUGACAUAAGCGAACGGCAGGUGUCUACAGAAGAAGCCCAAGCUUGGUGCAGGGAUAACGGCGACUAUCCUUACUUUGAAACAAGUGCAAAAGAUGCCACAAAUGUGGCAGCAGCCUUUGAGGAAGCCGUUCGAAGAGUUCUUGCUACCGAGGAUAGGUCAGAUCACUUGAUUCAGACAGACACAGUCAAUCUUCACCGAAAGCCCAAGCCUAGCUCAUCUUGCUGUUGAUUGUUAGAUGGUUGAUGCAUUCUAACCAACUCACACAUAUACACAAAAUCAACAUGGGGAUGGAGAAGAGAAUUAGCGUUUGCAGCAGUGUAUCAUCUACUAAUAAAAUUAAACUAAUGUAUGUUGCUGCUUCAUUAGUUGGUGGGAGAAGGGACACAUCCAAUCAUGGAGGAAUAUAUUUACUCAAUAAUGGCACCUUACAUUUAUAAAUUGUAACGGUUGUCUAAUAACGUUUCUUUAAUUUAAAUAUGUAAGUUGCAGAGCUAAUAAACGAGAUGACCAAGACAUUAAUUAUAAUUAAAAUAAGAAACUUGACUAUUCUAGAAGUUAUACUUGGAUUUUUUUCCUGGGAAAAUGGAGAACUACUUUUUAUAUGUGUAUGUUUUUAUGCAAUUAGCAUUGUAUUCUUGGUUCAGGGAAAUAAUUUCCUAAAGCAAUAAUGUUAGAUAUUAAAGAUUAAAAUCUAAUGUAUUUGCAA